AGGCUCCUCACGCAAGGCAGUGCUGUUUUACACAGCAAGAAGGGUGCACAUGGACUUCACGGCAGAACUCACCGGCUUGGUGCGCCGCGUCUCGCCAAGCACCUACGAGCGCCUCCUUCUUCUUUGUCAUUGUCUCCUCUUAAGCAGUGAAGUUUCUGAAAAGACGCAGGAAAACGGCACCACGUCCACCCUAUCGCUGCAGGCCAUCUGUGCGGUGCUUGUCUGCGCCUGCCCCGGGUCGGCCUCACGUUUCCUCUUCGUUUUGGCGGGAAACGAUAAACUUCUCCGCAGCCCGGAUGGCGGACGCACGUGGCGAGUCAGCUUCGCCCGCUCGUGUGAGGAAGACAACUCAACCCAUGACUGCACCGACGCGAGCAAUGUGUUAGAUGACAUGCAGCGCCUUUUGACUUCAGCUGCCGCGCUCGAUGCGGAGUCGAGCACGCCGUCCACGCUAGCACCAGCACCAACACUAACAGCAUCCCCCGCAUCAUCAUCAGCUCUUCCAGCAAUCUGCAGCGCUCACGGCUACGACGAGGUUGUUGCCCUCUGCGGCCAGGACGGGUUUCUCGCCGUCUCUGGCGAUCGCGGUGUGACCUUCACGACAGCCACAAACUUCCUUGCAGACAGCACAUCGUCCAGUGCGUCGUUGCAGCACAUUCGCGUUUUGGAUCGACAGCACCUUCUCGUGAAUGAUGGUGCUCGGGUGCUCCGGAUUGACGUAUCGCAGGUGAGCUACGGCCGUCUGGCGUUGGGCAAAGCAACGGUCGUACUAACCUGCACCUCGCAAAUUGUGAUGCUGCAUACCUACUCUACCCCUUGCGGUGGGCGAGCGGUGAUGGUGAGUGAAAGGGACAAGUUGCACCUCUCGCUGGACGGCGCGGUGUCUUUUUUAGAAGUGCGUCACUGCAUGGGACACAUUCGCGGUGCGGACCCCAUGGACGCCGUGCGCUGGUCUGAGCAGCCGGACUUCGCGUCUUUCGUACUCGCCUCAUCCCUUGAAGCGGACAGCUCGCCUUCCGGCAGCGGUGGCACCAAACCUCCCGCUUCCCCGUACGCCUACAUCAGCGGUUACAAACGCGAGGCGCCCAGCGAUGUGGAUUCGCACACAACGGCAUUGACGAACUUUGAAAAGGUGGCGCGACGGUACAAGGAAAACAUAUUUUUUCAGCAGUUUUUUGUCUCCGGGUGUGGGACGCAAGUCCUGCCCUACGACUACACCGCUGUGCUCUGUAUUUGUACCCGCCGCUUGCCGGACACGUCGCUGUACAUCGUGCUCUCCAGCGCUGCACAGGUCAAUUACGUGCCGUUCUCGCAUGCACGCCGGCGGGAGCCGCUGCCUUGCGCAGUGGUGCGCCGCGUGGGGAGCAGCGGCUAUGUGGCCGGUCGUGGAAGCAGCGUUGGCGUGAGCAUCUCGACGGACCUGGAGCAUUGGAGUACACCGCAAGGUACCGCGCCAGUUGGUUUGAUGGCCGUGUGCGGCGAUGAGCUGCUGGCGUGUGGCCGGCAGAAAGUCAUCACGACGGUGGGCACCACGGAGGAGGCGCGCAUCGUGUCGAAUGAGCUGCGUGUGCCCUACUUAAUUGAUGCGUUUACUAUGUAA